UAUAUAUAAAUAUAUAUAUAUAUAUAUAUAUAUAUAUAUAUAUACACAGUUUCCAAAAGACCUCACCACUUCUGAGGAUGCUUUCCAUAGAUGUGGGCGAAACGUCAGGAGAGAAUGCUUCUGGCACAUGGGCAGGCAGCUGGAAAACUCACAGGAACGCAAUGAUGCCAUUUGUUUCUAGGAUAGUUUCUUACCCAUUGCCCAUCAGAGAGUAGUAGCAUCCCUCUCUGAGGUUCCCCCCAACCCUGGCUGAGUCCCUGCCCUCCCUUUGGCUUCUCUGGCACCCCCGAGCAGGGCCAGCCCCCCCUCCCCCGCUCCCUCUCCCUCCCUCUACGUGGAGUUCCCCACCAGGCCUGUCCCUGCCAGGGACCCCCAGGCCGAGGGAGGCGGGGAGGGGGCUCUUCGGGAGGAACAGCCUCGUGGGGGUCCUUCCCGCAGUGCUGCUCCUUUAAGGCCAAGCCCCGCCUCUCUUUGGUUCCAGGGUGACGUCACGGCAAGGCCAGCCCCGCCCCGAUCCCUUGGAAACAGGCAGGCAGAGGGGAGGGGGGCCUCCGCGGGCGGAAGUGAGGGGGCGCUUCCGGUUGGGCCCAGCCGAGGGAGAGGCGCCAACUCUUCGCGUGUUCCUCGGGAGCCUCGCGCGGACUCAGAACCCGGACCCUUCCCCCGGCAGAGAAGGCUGUCCUGCGGAAGGAGGGAGGCUGCAGGGUGGGAGUGGCAGAAGAGGCUCCAGGCUGAAGUGGAAAAGAACCUGCAGGUGCAGAAAGGUAACUUCUGAACAAGUUCUGCGAAGAUCACCUUGUGAGAGCUUUGCCCGAGGAGUGCUGUAAGUCUAAAGUAACUUCAAGAUACAAAGCAAUGACAAGAAGAAAAAAUAAGUAGUAGAAAAAUAUAUUUCAAGCUGUGUAAUUAAGGGGGGAAAUAAGAUUGUGCUGAAGAAAGAGACGCUUGCUGAAAGUGAGCAGAAGGUAAAGUAAUACAAAGACUGUGCUGUUCGGGAGGUUAUAUCUGUGAACCCCUGGCAUGAUAUUUGAAUUAUAAUUGUAAAAGAAUGUCAAGUCCUUCACCACCCUAUCCUAGAUCACACACAGGGGAGAAGUUACAUCAGUGUAUGGAAUGUGGGAAACAAUUUGAUAGGAAACAUUCUCUUACUGUUCAUGAACGGACGCACACAGGGGAGAAGCCCUAUAAAUGCAUAGAAUGUGGAGAAAGCUUCAGUUGGAAUGGCAGUCUACGUUCCCAUCAAAGGACCCAUACAGGGGAGAAGCCAUAUAAAUGUAUGAAAUGUGGAGAAAGCUUCAGUCAGAGUGGCAGUCUACGUUCCCAUCAAAGGACCCAUACAGGGGAGAAGCCAUAUAAAUGCAUGGAAUGUGGAGAAAGCUUCAGUCAGAGUGGCAGUCUACGUUCCCAUCAAAGGACCCAUACAGGGGAGAAGCCAUAUAAAUGUAUGGAAUGUGGAAAAAACUUCAGUCGGAGUGGCAGUCUACGUUCCCAUCAAAGGACACACACAGGGGAGAAGCCAUAUAAGUGCAUAGAAUGUGGAGAAAGCUUUAUUCAGAGUGACCAUCUACGUUCCCAUCAAAGGACCCACACAGGGGAGAAGCCACAUAAAUGCAUAGAAUGUGGAGAAAGCUUCAGUCGGAGUGACAGUCUACGUUCCCAUAAAAGGACCCACACAGGGGAGAAGCCCUAUAAAUGUAUAGAAUGUGGAGAAAGCUUCAGUCGGAGUGGCAGCCUACGUUCCCAUCGAAGGACCCACACAAGGGAGAAGCCAUAUAAAUGCAUGGAAUGUGGAGAAAACUUCAGUUGGAGUAGCAGUCUACAUUCCCAUCAAAGGACCCACACAGGGGAGAAGCCCUAUAAAUGCAUAGAAUGUGGAGAAAGCUUCAGUCGGAGUGACAGUCUACGUUCCCAUCAAAGGACCCACACAGGAGAGAAGCCACAUAAAUGCAUGGAAUGUGGAAAGAGCUUCAGUCAGAGUUGCAAUCUGCGUACCCAUCAAAGGAAGCACACAGGGGAGAAGCCACAUAAAUGCAUGGAAUGUGGAAAAAGCUUCAAUCAGAGUGGCAGUCUACGUUCCCAUCAAAGGACCCACACAGGAGAGAAGCCACAUAAAUGCAUGGAAUGUGGAAAAAGCUUCAGACAGAGUUGCAAUCUGCGUACCCAUCAAAGGAAGCACACAGGAGAGAAGCCACAUAAAUGCAUGGAAUGUGGAAAAAGCUUCAGACAGAGUUGCAAUCUGCGUACCCAUCAAAGGAAGCACACAGGGGAGAAGCCAUAUAAAUGCAUGGAAUGUGGGAAGAGCUUCAGUCACAGUGGCAAUCUACGUUCCCAUCAAAGGACCCACACAGGGGAGAAGCCACAUAAAUGCAUGGAAUGUGGAAUGUGCUUCAGUCACAGUAAAAGUCUGCAUAUCCAUCAAAAGACCCAUACAGAGGAGAAACCAUAGAAAUGCAUAAAAUGUGGAGAAAUUUUCAGUCAGAGUUAACAAUAUGCAUUCCUAUCAAAGGACCCAAAUAGGGAAGAAUCCAUAUACAUUCAUGGAAUGGGGAAAGCGUCUCAGUCACAGUGGAAUCCGCAUUCCCAUCAAAGUUCGACAGGGACAAAUGCAAGAUACUUCACUUUGGCAGAAAAAACAGAAUGCAAAGAUACAGAAUGGGGGAUGAUGCCUGGCCCGACAGCAGUAGAUGUGAAAAAGACCUUGGAGUCCUCGUUUACAACAAGUUAAACAUGAGCCAACAAUGUGAUGCGGCUGUUAAAAAAGCCAAUGGGUUUCUGUCCUGCAUCAAUAGGAGUAUAGCGUCUGGACUGAAGACUUUAAUUUUCCUAUAAGUUAAUAUGGUCUUGUCUUGUGUUUAAUAAACCUCAGACUUUAUACCGAGAGAGCCCUGGAACAGGAGACCACCAGCCUUGCUUUGUGUGUACUUAUCCCUGCGUAGAGUGAAACCCUUUCUGGAUAUGAGACUGUUUAAUCCCACCUUUGGCAAAGGGUCCAUCAGGAUACACAGCAUAUCUCCUUAAAUGUAGAGAAUAGAGGACAAAGAAUGAUGACAAUGAUCGAUGAAGAUUCAUGAAUCCAUUGAGAUGGACACAUUAACUAAAUUGAUGAAGUAUAGAACAGCAUUGAAAGGAAACAGAGUAAAUAGAGAUAGAAAUCAUAUAGUGGGUGAGAGUUUUGUAGACUAGUGUCAGUUUUGUUCUAAUUGUGCAGGUGUGUGUCCUUGCUCCCUUUAUAUUUGUUAAAUAGUCCUUUUUCCAAAAAAAUGUAUCAAAAUUAUUAUUUGUGUAAAAAUAUUGUUUUUAAAUACCAAAAUUGUAAUUUGUUUAAAUGGGCUUGGGUAUGUUUUUCUUUUUGUCUUUGAAUAAAUAUUGUUUUUUAAAACGAGUGUGAUACA